AGACGACCUCCAACCUCGUCUAUUUUUCUUCCUCCGGAAACCUAAAUCCUUUUCUCCGCUCGGCUGAGCCUUUCUUUUCGCUUCGAUUGCGAAGGUUUUGUUUUCGGAGAUUUAUCCGAAGACAAGCAAAAAUCCCCGGUUGCAAUUCAAUCUUUUGGCAACACCCCUUACCUGUUGAUUCGAGCCGAUUUCUUCUUUUCUUAAUCUGCCUGUUCCCAAGUACCAAAUGGGGAAAAACCAGGCUUACAAAGCGAUGCAAAGGGCGAGGCUGGGGUCGUCCUCCGCCGGACCGGAGGAGAUCGAAGACGGAAUGACGGAUGGUUCAUUUCAUUCACCAGAGUGGCAUGCUGCUCGUUUAGCAAGCCUAAAAACAUCCCACACCAUAACAUGGGAAGAGUUCAAGAGGAAACAGAAGGAAGAUGAACUCAGAAGAGAUGAGCUUGAGGCUGAUAAGGAUAGAAUGAUGAGAGAAUACAGAGCUCAGCUAGAUGCUGAAAGGGCCCGGAAGCUGUCCCUUGGAAAAAAUCACUCUGCCAGCAAGUCACAUAAAAAAAAGGACAGGAAGGACAAGGAUUCCAAGAAACGAAGUAGCAGAAAGAGAAAGCAGAAAAGAUCAUCCGAGUCAAGUUCCUCUAGUUCAUCCUCCGAAUCUUCAAGCAGUGAUGAUGACUAUGAAGAUGAUGAAAGGGAAUCAAGGAGAUCAAGAUCCAAGAGAUCAAAGAAGAAAAGGAAGCACAAGUCAAGGGUCAAACACUCUAGCAGCGACAGUGACAGCGACAAGAAUGGAGGCCCAGUGCCAUUAUCAAAGUUCUUUGGAAGUGUCAAGAGAUAGGUAGACCUUGUGCUGUGGGUUAGAAACGGCUCCACUCCAUCUGAAAUGGUGGUGAUUCUGGUUACAAACUUGGAUUACCGAGUUCUAAUUAUGCUGCUUAGAAAAUAUUAUGUAACAUUCAUGCUGUUGGUGAUUGGGAGUUCUCGAGAAGUUGCCCUGUGAGGAUAACUCAGCAUAAUCCUGCCCAAGUAUUUGUUAUGAAUCCAUUUCUGCACAUGAUCUGUUG